CUACAGUUGAAGAGUUCGUCCGGAUUUGUGCAACUCAACAAGCUUCAUGUCUGCCACUACGUCCUAUCAACCGUACACCUUUAAUAGUCAAAGGACAGGCAUGUAUCUCCCUCCUCCUGGUGCGCCAAUAAGCACUGUACGGUCAUCAACUGCUCGUCCUCGGACUGGAACAUCCACACUUGGCAUUCUUGAACAAGAACUCAUAUGCGCGGUGACUGAAGCUCGUGGCGUUUCCCCAACAGUUGGGCUAGCUUUUGUUAACCUCGAAACCGGCGAGGCAGCCCUGAGUCAAAUCAGCGACAGCCAGACCUAUGCACGUACUUUAAACAAGCUCAGAGUGUACUCACCAUCGCAGAUCCUGGUGCCUUCAACAGCCACAUCUCCGCCCUCCAAGCUUUAUUGUAUCCUUGAAGACAACCAAGACAGAAUCAAUGCCAACCUCAUUGCUGUAGAUCGGCGUCACUAUGCAGAGGCAACUGGUUUGGAGGCAAUUCGCCAACUUGCUUUCUCAGAGGAUAUUGAGUCAAUUAAAAUAGCUAUCGGCGGUAACUACUUUGCCGCUUUGAAAUUCAUUGAACUCCACCUUGGUAAGACCUUUCAGCAUCACUCUCUUCGAGUGAAGUAUGAGCCAUCAGAGGGGACAAUGAUGAUCGAUUCCGCAACGAUAUGUGCUAUGGAGUUGAUACAAAAUCUGCAAGAUACAAGAUCCGAUCUCUGCCUAUACGGCCUACUGAAUCAAACUUUUACCCCGAUGGGCGCUCGGCUUCUACGGAGUAAUAUUCUGCAGCCGUCUUGUAAUGUCGAAACAAUUACAAAACGUUACGACGCAGUCGAAGAACUUUCAACGAAAGAGGACAUGUUUUACGCUGUUCGGCAGGCUCUCAAGCCGUUUCUUGAUGCAGAAAAACUUCUCACUUCUCUUAUUGUCCUUGAUGUUCGGGAUCCGUUGGCUGUGGUUGAAGAUUCGAUCAACAAAGUAAUUGCACUCAAAUAUUUUAUUCAAUGUCUCCAGCUCGUCAGUCAUGUGCUUGCUGGCGCCCGAAGUGAUCUCCUUGUUGGAAUAAGAGCGAACUGCGCCUCUCCGUUACUGCUGGAGCUUCUCAACCUCAUCAGUGAGACUAUUAAUGAAGAUGCACAAUAUUCAAACAGCCCACUAGAGUUGCGAAACCAGCGAACCUUCGCAGUAAAGUCAGGAGUUAACGGUCUGCUAGAUGUAGCUCGUACAGCAUAUAAAGAGCUCACUGAAGACGCCUAUCGCAUGGUAGAGGAGUUGAGGGAAGCGUAUAAUUUCUCAUUUCAGUUAAAAUUUGAUUCCCAGCGACAGUUCUUCAUCAGGUUCCCAGCUGAGGAGCUUGAGAAUCGCCAACUACCUCCAGUUUUCAUCAAUAUACACAAAAGCAAGAACAAGAUCGACUGUCAAAUCCUUGACCUAAUGAAACUGAACCAAAAAAUCUCCGUCUGUCAUGAGGAAAUCUUGGCCAUGAGCGAUAAAGCCGUCCAGAAUCUCAUUGGCGAGCUCAGAACAAGAAUGUCAAUUCUUUUCAAAUGCUGUGAAAGCAUCAGUAUCCUUGACAUGUUUGCCGCCUUUGCGUACGUGGGUACUACAAAUGAUUACGUUCGCCCGCAGCUGGCCGACGUGCUUGCAAUACAUGCUGGACGGCAUCCAAUCCGCGAGGUAUUCCAUUCCCAAAAAUUCGUACCGAAUGACGUCUUUGCUUCUCAUCAGUGUCGCUUUCAGAUCAUCACGGGGUGCAACAUGUCUGGAAAAUCAACGUAUAUUCGAAGCAUUGCGUUGAUGACGGUUAUGGCUCAAAUCGGAUCGUUCGUUCCUGCUGAUUAUGCCUCAUUUCCUGUAAUGCACCAACUGUUCGCUCGCGUCAAUAUGGACGACUCUAUCGAAGCAAAUGUGAGCAGUUUCGCGUCAGAGAUGCGGGAAACAGCCUUCAUCUUGAGAAAUAUCGAUCGAAAGUCUAUCGCAAUAAUUGACGAGCUUGGUAGAGGCACGAGCACUCGCGAUGGCCUUGCCAUUGCUCUUGCUAUCGCAGAGGCCCUUGUUGAAAGCAAUGCACUGGUGUGGUUUGUCACACACUUUCGGGACUUAGCCACAAUCAUGUCUGAGCGAGCUGGUGUUGUCAACUUGCAUUUAGCUAUGGAAACAGGACGCGAACACGAUCCUAACUGUUUGACCAUGCUCUAUAAACUAUCAGAAGGACCCGCAAGAGAGCAGCAUUAUGGAUUACAGCUUGCACGUGUUGUUCCUCUCCCACCAGCAGUUCUUGAAGCGGCCGAGCAAGCUGUUACAAAACUAGAGCGUCAGAAUCAGGUGAAAAAAAGGGCAUCUAGAGGGAUUGUUCGCGAGAAAAGGCGUAGGGUAAUCCUUAGUCUAAAAGAGCAUCUAACGCAGGCAAGGAAUGGGGUCAUGGAAGGAGAAGUGUUGGCUAGUUGGUUGAGGCAGCUACAACGCGAAUUCGUGGUCCGCAUGAUAGCAAUCGACAAAGAAGCGGAGGAUUCUAAUCAUGUGGGGCAAGAGAGUCGAGACUCGAGUUUUGCUGUGAAGAGUAGCUAA